AUGGCUGAUUGGACGACGAGAAGUCGCCGCCCCGAGCGCUCGGGUCGUGCUGGUCCGCGCCACUCGGUGUGGCGGCCUCAGUCGUCCGGAGCCGAUUCGGCCACCGUGCACUCCGGGGCUGCGCGCGUACCCAAGGCUCGAGCAGGCGUCGGACUCGACCGAGCGGCGGAGGCCGGCGCCCCCGCCCCCUCCUCCUACCCUGAGUGCGGGGUGCAGCCAGGGAGGGUGGGGGCGCCCGCCCGGGGUGAGCUCGCCCGGCGUCCGGCUCCUCAGAGUUUCCCGCGGCCUCCAGCGCGCGUCCUCGGGCUCCGCAGGCGGGGCGCGCAGUGGACCCGAGGUCACCGUCUCGGCACCGAGGCUGGUGGCCGCGGCGGAGGAGACCUGCAGACCUUCUUGAGGUAUCCACGGCGACCCCGGUCCCCACCGGGAGAAGGAACCGUCAGUCUCUGCUUCGCGGCUCGGUUCUGGACGACGCUGUCUGAAGCGGCCGGGUUUCACGCCCUUCCGCGUCUCUUUAGAGCCAGUGUGCCCGUCCUCCCGUGUGUCCCCAUCCCCGAACAGCAACCUGCCCUCUCAUCUCCCUCAAGGAUCAGAUGCCUGAGGUCUCCAGGAUGGCAGGUACCCAUGGAAGCAAGAAGAGCGUAUCGGAUCGUUGAUUUCCCUGGAACUGGAAUUAUAGGUACCAGUUGUCCUGUAGAUGGCUUCCCUCUGUCUGAGGUCAUGGCUGGAGCCCCAUGCUCUCAUCUGCUUGCGUGUCUCCUAAGCUCCACUCCUGUGGCCGCUGCCGUCAUUUCCCUGGCACCAUCUGUAGACUGGUAUUUUGUGGAGGGCUUUGUAUGGAUUCCAAGUAAGAAUUCGGCUUAUUUAGUUAAGAGAAAAAGAAAGAAACUGAUCAAUUCCUAUUCUGGUCCACUCCCCCGGCCCCGUUUCCUCCCACUCACCCUCAUGCGGAGAUAUUCCUACAGCUUUGAAACAGAAUCGAGCUUCUAGGCUUCACAAUUAAGUUUCAGCCAAAAAUUGCACCUACCAGAAUGCUUGCAAUACUAAUAGUUGUGAGAAAUAAGACACUUGAUUAAAAGGCGGCACACUUGUCUGUAUCUUUAAUGUGCAUUCCUAAUGAGUCCUAGCAGGAGGCUGAUUCACAUGAAAACGCACAAUUAGCCCAUCCGAGUUUAACACACAAUUAUCUACACCCAGGCCCCCUCCUCAUUACCAUCUGAAUGCACUGUUUUCUUUGGCGCUUCGUGCAGGAAACAAAUCCCUAUA